GCCGCACCGACUCUAGAGAGAAAUGUGAGUGUAGUAGUUUAGAUAAUAUUAAGUUGACAAAAGGACCCUUUUUUUUAACUGCCUGCUGAAAUUUAUCUAGUUGUGCCUUUUUUUUUUUAAUAGUGGAGAGCUACAUCAGUGAACAGGAAAAAAAUGCCAGUGGCACGUGCCCAGGCCACCCAGACCUGGCUGCGCUCCACAUGGCACAUCCGGGUGCCCCAGCCGUGGCUGGAUGCCUGUGUUGAAUGGGUAACGCAGGAGGCAGGUGGUGUGGCCUUGCCUCAAGACCAGCUCAAUCAACAAGUCUUGGACCAGUGGCUUCUUACAGACCUGAGUGACCUAGCUCAUUCCAUACUGCCUCCUGAUGUUUCUGAGGCAGAGAAGAUGGAACUGAAUGGCUGCUACUGCCUCCAGAUGGACUCAAUCCUAGAUGUUAGCCAGCCAGCUUAUUCUCAGCUUCAGCGUCUUCGUGGCUCAGAUUGCUCCAACGAAGAAGUCACGGCCGUGACACAAGCCACUCAAAAACCAUGGGAGGCAAAGCCAACUCGAAUGCUUAUGCUGCAGCUAACCGAUGGUGUUCAGAACCUGGAAGGAAUAGAGUACCGACCUAUUCCAGCUCUCAAUGCUGGCCUGCCCCCAGGAACCAAGCUUCAGGUUUUAGGAAGGGUGCAUGUCCGCCUGGGGGUGCUGCUGCUCAAACCGGAGAAUGUAAGGGUUCUUGGUGGAGAAGUAGAGGCACUGAUGGAGGAGCAUUCUCAGAGCAGAGUGAUCUGCAGGACCUUAGGGUUGCCUGUGGAAAACCAUGAGCAAGAAGCAGAAGAUCAAGAUGUCCAGGAAGGAGCAAGAAUCAGACAAACUGCGGAUAGCGGAUAUGAGAGCGUUCCAGGCAGCAUGAACUCGGAAAUGAUUAGCAGAAACGAGUCUCGUCAGUUAGAGAGCUCUAGAUUAAGCAUCCUUGAAACGACGCCCAUUUCUAGAUCGAUUGAGCCAGAUGCAGCUGAGAUUCCAGAUGAGGAAUUUGAUGACAUUCCAGAUGAUUUCAUGGAUUACCCGGAAGACCUGGACAACAUUCCAGAAAACUCUGACCAUGAGGAAGACAACUGGGAAAACAUUCCAGAUGACUUCAGUAUUGGUCCAGAGGAAUUUGAUGACAUUCCAAUGGAGGAACUGGAUAACAUAAUGUCACCUACCGAUACUGAAAUAUUACCCAGCAGGGGACCUGUACAAAAUCAAGGAACACACGAACGUGUAUCGAGUACGGGCAACAUACGAAGAGAUAGUCAAGUCAGCCAACUCUCCAAAACCCCCCUUAGUGAUGCAAAUGCAAGUGAAGUUAUUGAAGUUGAUUCAGAUGAUAAUUUGUCACCUUCUCCAGAACCAAAGCUUGCCAGAUAUGAAUCGAGACCGCAGGUUCCUGAAACCAACCACAGCGAAAAGGCUGGUACAGCAAUCCUCAACCAACCCCGAGCAUCAAACAACCUAAGUUCAUCAUUCAUGUCUCCCCUAAAUGAAACAAAUCUAUCUGACGUUAUUGACCUUGAUCCAGAGGACAAUUCCUCCUCCUCCCCAGGAGCAAUGAUGGACAGAAAUGAGCCCAAAUCUCUGGUUUCUACACACAACUGCAGCAAAAAAGCUGACACAUCAAUCCUUAACUACCUAUGUGUUUUGAGGGCUGGCGUUUGGCCACCCCUUAGCACUCAAGUAGUGCGUCUUCACGCCUUUUUAGUCACUCUACUGGGAAGCCUGCGCAGCAGUGGAGGGGAGUGGAAAGUCAAGGCCACUAUAUCGGACGGGACUGGCUACCUGGAUGUCGAUCUGUCCGACAGUUUGCUGGCAAAGCUGAUUGGCUUCCCAGCAGCGGAGUUGAAAGUUCUAAGGAAGGACCCAGCUAAGCGUUGCAUGGUGGACACCGGGUUACAAAACUGUCAAAAGGAACUGGUGGAUAUGUGUUGUGUUAUGAGUGUACAGGUAGAUCUGAAUGGAACGGGUACGGUGCUGAGGGCUGAGCCAUUAACGGACAAAGAGUGUUAUGAAAUACAGAAGCGGGUAACAGACAGGCGGCGCUAGAACAUGCUGCUGCUGUUUUGUAUUUUUGUCUGUCCUCCUAAAAAUGUUGUUGGUUUAUUGAAAGAAAGCAGGUAGGUAUCAGUUAGUUUUGUGGGCUUAAACAAUGGUAACUGAAUGAUUAAUUGAGGAGCAUUAAAAUGUGGUCAUAAGAUUUCUAUUAAUAUUGUUUUUGUUGUUGUUAUUAUCUAAAUGUCUUCCGAAACAACACCACAAUCAUUCAGGUUUUUCAGAACUCUGAAGGGUUAACACUUCACUGACAUUCCUCAAAAUUCUGAAAUGUUUUCUUGUCUUUAGCAACAGUUUUUGUUUGCUUUUUACUGUUUCUUUUUAAAUUCAUUAUAAUUGCAAGAAUAAAGGGAUAAACCUUAUCAUCAA